CUGGCUCACCUUACAGCCACUCUGAAACUCAAUGCCACGCCAUAAAGCCAGGAAAUAAGCAGGUAUUGUGAGAGACCCCCGUGUCUCUCUGGAGUCAUAUAGGCCUACUGAGUGUGUGUGUUGAUAUGGAACCAGAGUACCGGGGCCUGGGUCGCUGUGCGGGCUGCUUCUGGCUCGCCGUAGCCUUUGACAUAGUAGGACUGCUGGUGCUUCUCAUCGGUGUGUUCGUCAACGUGUUUUUCUAUGACCUGCUCAUCUACGCGGGCGCCAUCGUCAUCUUCCUCAGCCUCAUCUGGUGGGUGUUUUGGUACUCUGGGAAUAUCGAAGUUCCCCCGGCAGAGCUGGAGGAUGAUGUGGGCUUAUUGAAGAAGGAUAAGGGGGGGUUGAGCGGGGUUGUGAGGCGUCUUUCCAGCAGAGUGUCCAGCAGCAUCAGGAACUCAUUCCGGAGGAACGGAGGACCGUCCCGCGUGCAGAGGUCAGCUACCAGGCAGGCAGCGGCACCGCAGGGGGAGCAAGUGGCAGUUGCUAUGGCAACGGUAACCCCGCAUGAGGAUACCCCGCAAGCUACUGUUUCUACAGAGGCGGCCAGUGACGUUGUGUAGAGAUGCACACAGCUACAGAGAGACCUGACCUGCAUGAUGUAGGCCGACAGACACUGGAGUAGAUCCUCACAGCACUGAACUGAAGAGAGCUCGUCCUGCAGUGUCUUCAGCUGGCUCCAUGUGAUGCUCUUUUUUACUGUUUGUGUGUUUAAUUAAUUAAUUCAAAUUAAUUAUGAAGCACUGUUGAGUCUGUACUAAAGACUGUUAAAAUUGUAUAUUUUCCUAUUAAAUGUGAUGUUUUUAAUCAGUAUGUCAGAUUUCUGUGUCCAGAUUCAGUCUGUUUGAGAUGAAUACACAUUGUUAAAUAUCUAGGACAGGCCUGCACCAUCAGUUGAGUCACACACACACACACACACACACACACACACACACACACACACACACACACACACACACACACACACACA